AAGCUUAUGACAGGGUGGCAACGCUUGGGCCAAAACAGUGAAGCAAUUUUUUCGCAUUAUUCAUUUUUAGUUAAACCACUUGCAAAAUGUUGCUGCGAUUGGGCAAAGUGAAAACCUAUUAAAUAGGCUUGAGACAGAGGCAAACGCACACACAUCGUUGGCUUGCCUAAAAAACGCCCAAAUUAAUUGAGACAGUGCAACAGCAACAAAAGAAGAAAAAGCUCAAUACUCUCGCCCUGGCACUACUGGCAAGAAGAAGAAGAAGCAGCAGCAGCAAAGGCGGCGCGUAGUAAAAAGUAAAAUAAAAAUUAAAUACUUAUAGGGGAUUCAAAGCGCAUAGUUCAGCUAUGGAGAGUCCCUGUGAGUCGGAGAGUUCCUUGGAUGGCGGCACCAUGCUGCCACCAAGUCCCGUAUCUCGGGAGCAGCUACAGAAGCGCAUCGAGUCGCUCACCCAGCAGAACAAAGUUCUCAAGGCCGAGCUGGAUACGUCCAAGACAAAAUGCAAGGUGGUGCAGGAGGAGAAUCGCUUUCUGAAACAAGCCUCAGUCAUAAUACAAGCCAAGGCGGAGCAGGAGGAGGAAUACAUUUCCAACACAUUGUUAAAGAAGAUACAGGCACUUAAGAAGGAGAAGGAAACGCUGGCACAUCACUAUGAGCGCGAGGAGGAAUGCCUCACCAAUGACUUGUCCCGCAAGCUGGAUCAGCUGCGUCAGGAAAAGUGCAAGCUAGAGCAGACACUUGAGCAGGAGCAGGAGUGUCUUGUCAACAAGUUGAUGCGUAAAAUCGAGAAGCUACAGGCGGAGACAGACAACAAGCAGACAAAUCUGGAGCAGCUGCGUCGCGAAAUGGUUGAGCUGGAGAACACCCUGGAGCAGGAGCAGGAGGCGUUGGUCAACAAGCUGUGGAAACGCAUGGACAAGCUGGAGACGGAGAAGCGUUCGCUGCAAAUCAAACUGGAUCAACCCGUCUCAGAUCCGACAACGCCACGUGAUAUCACCAAUAAUGCCAAUGGCGACACUGCCACCAAUCUGAGUGCGCACAUCCAAACACUACGCUCCGAGGUGUUGCGUCUGCGCGCCAAUCUUGCUACCGCCCAAAAGGAGGAGAAGUCCAUAAGGGAGGAGAAUGCUCGAUUGCAGCGUAAACUCAAACAGGAGGUGGAACGACGUGAGGCGUUGUGUCGCCAUCUCUCUGAAUCGGAAUCAUCGCUGGAAAUGGACGAGGAGCGUUUCUACAAUGACAAUCUGAUGGCUUGCAAUGUCAAUGUGAAUGUGAAUGCUCAGCGACAGCGCACGAUCAGCAGUCCCGUCUCGCACAGUCCGUCGAGCAGUCGCCCCCUCAGUCCCGGCACAGCGGGACAAAAUCGCUGCUAUGCUUGCGGACAGCUUGUGAAUCGUCGCGCCAGCGAGCGUUUUAUAAAGCCAGCACUGCCGACGCCCAUGCUGGGUCUCAAUACUUCCGCACCGAAUGUGCUGACCACAACAAAUCCAUUGCUGGCCACUGGUUCAGCUGCUAUUUAUGGUGUUAAUGCUCCUACAGCGGCGACUGCGACUGCGCCACCAGCUGCUUGUGUGGGCGGCGUGGGCAUGGCAGGAUUUCUAUCGAAUUUGAGCAGCGAACGACUGAGCUUGGCUGGAGGUGGAGCGGGAAUGGGAGCUGGAGCUGGAGCUGGUACUGCAGCUGGUUUGCCACAGACAGCGGGAACAUUUCUGGCUGGCGGCAUAUUAUCACUGAAUAAUCAGCUAACUGGAGCUGGCGGGACAUCGAGCAGCGCUUCGUCCUCGUCAUCCAAUCUGCUGAUGAACCAUCAGAAUACAACGUCCAGCGGCAAUUUGAUGAAUAGCAGCAGCAGCAACUCAUCGCUAUCUUUAUCGGCUUUUACGCCCACUAAUCAACCAAGUGCUGCUGCCACGGCGUUUAUACAGCCGGCCAGUCCAAUGGAUACAUCCACAUGCAAGGAUUAGGAUCUAGCUUCAACAUAUUUCCUCUCUCUCUCUCUCACACACACACACACACCCAACACACGCACACCCAACACACGCCACACACACACACCCAACACACGCACACACACGCAAGCAAACAAAGCAACCAGUUUAACGAAAGUAUAAAACAUUAAAACCCCCAACAAUCCCAAUCCUACUAAAUAUUGUAUAAGCUUCUCUCUAUGCAGGCGGCUCAAAGUCGCAUCAUUUAUUUCUAUAUAUCUAAAAAAAAAACAACAACAAAUCUCUUUAUAGUUAUUGCGACAUAAACAACAACAAAAAAAACAACACUUUCAAUUAAAUUACUAACGGAAUUCCUAGACCGCGUAUGGAAGCAGUUACGAAUAUUUAGCGCUAAUAUUAUGUAAGCAUUGAAAUGAUUUUUUACUUCUGUUUGGUUCCAUUUAAAUGAAGAAAAAACGCAUGUAAAACCAAUUUCCCACGUUUUUCCUCGCAUGUGGGCUUAAAAAUUUUUUGAAGUAAAUAUUAUGUAAGUCAAAUAAAGUUCAACAAUUAAAAAUUCAAA